CAUUAAGCUCCGAUUUGUGCAAAUUUCUUUUCGAAUGACAUUUUCAUAAUUUUUUGGACAAGGACAGGCCAUUCUAUUUGGAUUUUGAAGGCUACAGAUCACAGAUUCGGCCUGAGGCUAUUCUUAAACAAUGAUUAAGUCCAUCAAGCCCUGAUUUGGGCGGAUUUAUUCCGGCUCAAUUUUUGGCAGAUUCCAAAGGGGUACCAUCACAGAUUUCUAGAGUUUUUUUGAAAUGUCAUUUUCUUUUGAUUCUGGAGGCUACAAAUCACGUGAUUAGGCCGAGACUAUUCUCCACCAAUAAUGAAGUCUAUAGAUCCUAUUCUCCAUGGAUGUUAAGUCCAUUAAGCACCAAUUUGGGCAAAAAAAAUUCGGAUGACAUUUUCGUAAUUAUUUGGACGAAGAGAGGUCAUUUUUUUAGGAUUUUGAAGGCUACAUAUCACGGAUUCGGCCUGAGAUUAUUCUUCAACAAUGAUUAAGUCCAUCAGGAAGUGAUUUGGGUGGUUUUAUUCCUGGUCACUUUUUUGCAGAUUCCAAAGGGGUACCAUCACUGAUUUCUGGAGAUUUUUUUGAAAUGUCAUUUUCUUUUGAUUCUGGAGGCUAGAGAUCAAGUGAUAAGGCCGAGACUAUUCUCCACGAAUAAUGAAGUCUAUAGAUCCUAUUCUCCAUGGAUGAUAAGUCCAUUAAGUACCGAUUUGUGCCAAUUUCUUUUCGGAUGACAUUUUCGUAAUUUUUUGGACAAGGAGAGGCCAUUUUAUUUGGAUAUUGAAGGCUACAGAUCACGGAUUCGGCCUGAGGUUAUUCUUCAAUAAUGAUUAAUUCCGUAAAGCACCGAUUUGGGCGAAUUUAUUCCGGGUCAAUUUUUGGCAGAUUCCCAAGGGGUACCAUCACAGAUUUCGGGCGAUUUUUUUGAAAUGUCAGUUUCUUUCGAUUGGGGAGGAUACUGAUUACAAAAUAAGGCCGAGGGUAUUCUCCACCCAUAAUAAAGUCUAUAGAUCCUAUUAUACAUAGAUGAUAAGUCCAUUAAGCACCGAUUUGUGCCAAUUUCUUUUCGGAUGACAUUUUUGUAAUUUUUUGAGUGAGGAGAGGCCAUUUUAUUUGGAUUUUGAAGGCUACAGAUCACGGAUUCGACCUGAGUUUAUUCUUCAAUAAUGAUUAACUCCGUCGAGCACCGAUUUGGGCGGAUUUAUUCCGGGUCAAUUUUUGAUAGAUUCCAAGGGGUACAGAUUUCGGGCGAUUUUUUUCGAAAUGUCAUUUUCUUUUAAUUCUGGAGGGUACAGAUCACGUAAUCUGGACGAGACUAUUCUCCACCAAUAAUGAAGUCUAUAGAUCCUAUUAUCCAUGGAUGAUAAGUCCAUUAAGCACCGAUUUGGGCCAAUUUCUUUUCGGAUGACAUUUUCGUAAUUUUUUGGACGAGGAAAGGCCAUUUAUUAGGAUUUUGAAGGCUACAGAUCACGGAUUCGGCCUGAGGUUAUUCUUCAACAAUAAUUAAGUCCGUCAAGCACCGAUUUGGGCAGAUUUAUUCCUAGUCAAUUUUUGGCAGAUUCCAAAGGGGUACGAUCACAGAUUUCAGGCGAUUUUUUCGAAAUGUCAUUUUCUUUUGAUUAUGAAGGCUACAGAUCACGUCAUCUCGCCAAGACUAUUCUCCACCACUAAUGAAGUCUAUAGAUCCUAUAAUACAUAGAUGAUAAGUCCAUUAAGCACCGAUUUGUGCAAAUUUCUUUUCGAAUGGCAUUUUCGUAUUUUUUGGGAGAGGAGAGGCCAUUUUAUUUGGAUUUUGAAGGUUACAGAUCACGGAUUCGGCCUGAGGCUAUUCUUCAGGAAUGUUUAAGUCCAUCAAGCCUCGAUUUGGGCGGAUUUAUUCCGGGUCAAUUUUCGGCAAAUUCCAAAGGGGUUCCAUCACAGAUUUCGAGCGAUUUUUUUGAAAUGUCAUUUUCUUUCGAUUACGGAGGAUACUGAUUUCAGAAUAAGGCCUAGGGUAUUCUCCAACGAUAAUGAAGUCUAUAGAUCCUAUUCUCCAUAAAUGAUUAGGCCAUUAAACACCGAUUUGAGCCAAUUUCUUUUCGGAUGACAUUUUCGUAAUUUUUUGGGCGAGGAGAGGCCAUUCUAUUUGAAUUUUGAAGGCUACAAAUUGCAGAUUCGGCCUUAGGCUAUUCUUCAACAAUGAUUAAGUCCAUCAAGCCCUGAUUUGGGCGGAAUUAUUCCGGGUCAAUUUUUGGCAGAUUCCAAAAGGGUACCAUCACAGAUUUCGGGAGAUUUUUUUGAAAUGUCAUUUUCUUUUGAUUCUGGAGGCUACAGAUCACGUGAUCAGGCCGAGACUAUUCUCCACCAAUAAUGAGGUCUAUAGAUCCUAUUCUCCAUGGAUGAUAAGUCCAUUAAGCACCGAUUAGUGCAAAUUUCUUUUCAGAUGGCAUUUUCGUAAUUUUAUGGACGAGGAGAGGCCAUUUAUUAGGAUUUUGAAGGCUAUAGAUCACGGAUUCGGCCUGAGGUCAUUCAUCAACAAUGAUUAAGUCCGUCAAGCACCGAUUUCGGCGGAUUUAUUCCUGGUCAAUUUUUGGCAGAUUCCAAAGGGGUACUAUCACAGAUUUCGGGCGAUUUUUUCGAAAUGUCAUUUUCUUUUGAUUCUGAAGGCUACAGAUCACGUAAUCUGGCCAAGACUAUUCUCCACCACUAAUGAAGUCUAUAGAUCCUAUAAUUCAUAGAUGAUAAGUUCAUUAAGCACCGAUUUGUGCAAAUUUCUUUUCGAAUGGCAUUUUCGUAAUUUUUUGGGAGAGGAGAGGCCAUUUUAUUUGGAUUUUGAAGGUUACAUAUCACGGAUUCGGCCUGAGGCUAUUCUUCAACAAUGUUUAAGUCCAUCAAGCCCCGAUUUCGGCGGAUUUAUUCCAGGUCAAUUUUUGGCAGAUUCCAAAGGGGUACCAUCACAGAUUUCGAGCGAAUUUUUUGAAAUGUCAUUUUCUUUCGAUUCUAGAGGAUACUGAUUACAGAAUAAGGCCGAGGGUAUUCUCCACCGAUAAUGAAGUCUAUAGAUCCUAUUCUCCAUAGAUGAUUAGUCCAUUAAGCACCGAUUUGAGCCAAUUUCUUUUCGGAUGACAUUUUCGUAAUUUUUUGGGCGAGGAGAGGCCAUUUUAUUUGGAUUUUGAAGGCUACAGAUUACAGAUUCGGCCUGAGGCUAUUCUUCAACAAUGAUUAAGUCCAUCAAGCCCUGAUUUGGGCGCAAUUAUUCCGGGUCAAUUUUUGGCAGAUUCCAAAAGGGUACCAUCACAGAUUUCGGUAGAUUUUUUUGAAGUGUCAUUUUAUUUUGAUUCUGGAGGCUACAGAUUACAGAAUAAGGCCGAGGGUAUUCUCCACCGAUAAUGAAGUCUAUAGAUCCUAUUAUCCAUAGAUGAUAAGUCCAUUAAGCACCGAUUUGUGCCAAUUUCUUUUCGGUUGGCAUUUUCGUAAUUUUUUGGGCGACGAGAGGACAUUUUAUUUGGAUUUUGAAUGUUACCGAUCACGGAUUCGGCCUGCGGUUAUUCUUCAACAAUGAUUAAGUCCGUCAAGCACUGAUUUCGGCGGAUUUAUUCCGGGCCAAUUUUUGGAAGAUUCCAAAGGGGUAAUAUCACAGAUUUCUGGCAAUUUUUUCGAAAUGUCAUUUUCGUUUGAUUCUGAAGGCUACAUAUCACGUAAUCAGGCCAAGACUAUUCUCCUCCAAUAAUGAAGUCUAUAGAUCCUAUUCUCCAUAGAUGAUAAGUCCAUCGAGCACCGAUUUGUGCAAAUUUCUUUUCGGAUGGCAUUUUUCGUAAUUUUUUGGGAUAGGAGAGGCCAUUUAUUUGGAUUUUGAAAGCUACAGAUCACGGAUUCGGCCUAAGGCUAUUCUUCAACAAUGAUUAAGUCCAUCAAACCCCGAUUUAGGCGGAUUUUUUCCGGGUCAAUUUUUGGCAGAUUCCAAAAGGGUAUCAUCACAUAUUUCGGACGAUUUUUUUCGAAAUGUCAUUUUCUUUCGAUUCUGAAGGAUAUAGAUUACCGAAUAAGGCCGAGGGUAUUCUCCACCGAUAAUGAAGUCUAUAGAUCCGAUUCUACAUGUAUGAUAAGUCCAUUAAGCACCAAUUUGGGCCAAUUUCUUUUCGGAUGACAUUUUCGUAAUUUUUUGGACGAGGAAAGGGCAUUUAUUAGAAUUUUGAAGGCUAUAGAUCACGGAUUCAGCCUGAGGUUAUUCUUCAACAAUGAUUAAGUCCGUCAAGCACCGAUUUGGGCGGAUUUAUUCUUGGUCAAUUUUUGGCAGAUUCCAAAGGGGUACUAUCACAGAUUUCGGGCGAUUUUUUCGAAAUGUCAUUUUCUUUUGAUUCUGGAGGCUACAGAUCACGUGAUCAGGCCGAGACUAUUCUCCACCUAUAAUGAAGUCUAUAGAUCCUAUUCUCCAUGGAUGAUAAGUCCAUUAAGCACCGAUUUGUGCCAAUUUCUUUUCGGAUGACAUUUUCUUAAUUUUUGGGGCGAGGAGCGGCCAUUUUAUUAGGAUUUUGAAGGCUACAGAUCACGGAUUCGCCCUGAGGUUAUUCUUCAACAAUGAUUAAGUCCGUCAAGCACCGAUUUGGGCGGAUUUAUUCCGGGUCAAUUUUUGGCAGAUUCCAAAGGGGUACAGAUUUCGGGAGAUUUUUUCGAAAUGUCAUUUUCUUUUGAUUCUGGAGGCUACAGAUCACGUAAUCAGGCCGAGACUAUUCUCCACCAAUAAUGAGGUCUAUAGAUCCUAUUCUCCAUGGAUGAUAAGUCCAAUAAGCACCGAUUUGUGCAAAUUUAUUUUCAGAUGGCAUUUUCGUAAUUUUUUGGGAGCGGAGAGGCAAUUUUAUUUGGAUUUUGAAGGCUACAAAUCACGGAUUCGGCCUGAGGCUAUUCUUCAACAAUGAUUAAGUCCAUCAAAAAAAUCGCCCGAAAUAUGAGUGACCCCUUUGGAAUCUAGGGAAAAUGGACUCAGAAAAAAUUCGCCCAAAUCGUCGAUUAAUAGACUUCAUCAUCAGUGGAAAAUAGUCCACGAUCGAAUCCGUGAUCAGUAGCCUUCAAAAUCUAAUGAAAAUGGUUUUUCUAAAAAUCGCCUGAAAUUUGUGAUGGUAGCCAUUUGGAAAAUGGCGAAAAAUGGACGUAGAUAAAUCUGCCCAAAUUGUUGCUAAAUAGACUUCAUCAUCGGUGGAGAAUAGCUGCAUAUUGAAUCCAGUAUCAGUAGCCUUCAAAAUCCAAGUAAAAUGGUCUUUCGAAAAAAUAGCCUGAAAUCUGUGAUGGAACCCAUUUGGAAUCUGGCAAAAAUGGAUUUGGAGAAAAUUCAUCCAAAUAGGUGCUUAAUAGACUUCAUCAUUUGUAGAGAAUAGCCUCUGGCAGAAUCCGUGAUUAGUAACCUUCAAAAUAAAGAAAAUGGUAUUUCAAAAAAUUCGCCCGAAAUCUUAAAUAGUACCCCCUUUGGAAUCUGGCGAAAAUGGACUUGGAUAAAAUUCGCUCAAAUAUCAAUUAAUAGACUUCAUCAUGUGUGGAGAAUAGCCUCAUGUCGAUCCGUGAUUAUUUGCCUUAAAAUCGAAGAAAAAUGGUCUUUCAAAAAACGUGGUUGAGGAUUGGGGCAGGUGAGUAAAUAUCUGUCGUCGUUGUAUCAAAUUUUUUUCUUUCUUUUUCCUCUUUCGUUUUUUGGUGCUCUUUUCUUGACUUUUUAUGUAAGUUGGUUUUGACUUUUUUGUUUGAAUUGUUUUUCUCUAUUUUUGUAGCAUGUUGUCAUCUUCUACUUUCUUUUUGUUUUUUUCUUGUUUGUCCCACAUUUAUGUGGGUUUUUCUAUCCCCUUUAGUGGCCGUGGAUCUUCUUUUUCUUUUACUUCGUUUUGGUAAUAAUACUUGGUCUCAUCAUCCAUAAAAAAAAUCACCCGCAAUGAAGGUACCCCUUUGGAAUAUGAGGAAAAUGGACCCAGAAAAAAUCCGUCCAAAUCGUCGAAUAAUAGACUUCAUCAUCGGCGAAGAAUAGCCUCAGGUCGAAGCCGUGAUCAGUAGCCUUCAAAAUCCAAGAAAAAUAGCCUUUAAAAAAAUUACCUGAAAUACCCAUUUGGAAUCUGGCAAAAACAGACCAGGAAAAAAUUCGCCAAAAUUGCCGAUUGAUAGACUUCAUUAUCGGUGGAGAAUAAACAUGGGCGAAUAUGUGAUCUGUUACCUUCAAAAUCAAAGGAAAAUGACAUUUCGAAAAAAAUCGUCUGGAAUCUAUGAUAGAACAUACCCCUUUGUAAUAUGGGGGAAAUGGAUCCAGAUAGAAUCCGCCCAAAUCGCCGAUUAAUAGACUUCAUCGUCGAUGAAGAAUAUGCUCAGGUCGAAUCCAUAAUCAGUAGUUUUUAAUAUCCAAUAAAAAUGGACUUUCGAAAAAUCACCCAAAAUUUGUGAUGUUACUUUAGAAUCUGGCGAAAUUUUGAAAGUUAGUUGUGGACAUAACUCUUUGUGUAUAGAUUAAUUUUACAACAGCAAAUCUGUGCUUGUUAAUCUAUCAAUUUGCCUAUGUUAUAUCCUUCUGGAACGAGCUGUCAGAGAAGAAGAACGGUUCAACUGUGCAAACUGCCAACAAAGUACGCUGCCCUUUCAAGGCUGUACUACUGUUUAAUAUGCAAAUGCAAUUAACUAACCUCCUUAAAAGCAAAAACCCCAUUAGUGCCUUAAAAAGCCUGCCAGCAUCACAACUACAACAAAAGGUUUCACACUCAUCAAUCACGUUAGGGGACGACAAAGGCUGUGUUGAGAGAACUUGUUGGUUUCAAUGAUUUGAGUUGUUGGGUAGGAAACUGAAAAUUAGAUUUUAUAUAAUUUCUUGUAAGUCUUCCGGAGAUGAAAGCCCAAUAAAAGGGUUUGAAGUUUGCAUAAGUUUGUUGUCACAACAUGUACUUAUUAAGUUGGUUAAUAUAGAAGGUCAAUUGUUAAUGAUCCGAAAUACGAUAUCUUGUAGCUUUAAUUUUAAAGACACCAAUCUACCAAUUUAUAACUCAUGAAACUCAUAUGUCUUGGCAUUCGUCACUUCCUGUGCAUUAAUCCCCAAAUAAAUUGAUCACAAUAAUUUGAAUUAUCAAAAGCUCUAAUUCUAAGUAGUAAAAAAAUAAAUUGAUUAGAAUAAUUCGAAUUAUUAAUG